CCGCGGCGGCGGCCGUUGCGGCGGGUGGCGGCGGCCGUUGCGCGUUGCGGCAGGUGGCUGCUGUUGCCCCGGUGCCGGUGGGCCUUCGGGGUGCGCUCUCCGGGCAGCGUGAGGGUCCGGGCGAGGAGCCCCAGCUCUUGCCCGGGCUUCCCGGGGGUUGGGAAGGAGGGGGGAGAUGGAGAAGUACCAGGUCCUCGGCUUCCUCGGGAAAGGCAGCUACGGGGUGGUGACCAGGUGCCGGAACAAAGAGAGCGGGCAGGUGGUCGCAGUCAAGAAGUUCCUGGAAAGCGAGGAUGACACGGUGGUGAGGAAGAUCGCCGUGAGGGAAAUCAAGCUGCUGAAGCAACUCAGGCAUGAGAAUCUCGUGAACCUGCUGGAAGUGUGUAAAAAGAAGAAACGGUGGUAUCUGGUAUUUGAAUUCGUGGAUCACACAGUGCUUGAUGAUCUUGAGGCAUUUCCAAACGGACUAGACUACAGCAGGGUUCGGAAAUACUUAUUUCAGAUUUUAAGAGGAGUAGCAUUUUGUCACAGCCAUAACAUAAUACAUCGGGAUAUUAAGCCAGAGAACAUACUAGUCUCCCAGUCGGGAGUUGUAAAACUGUGUGACUUCGGUUUUGCUCGCACAUUGGCAGCUUCUGGGGAAGCUUACACGGACUAUGUGGCAACCCGAUGGUACCGAGCCCCAGAGCUGCUGGUGGGAGAUACCAAGUACGGCAGGGCUGUGGAUGUGUGGGCUAUUGGCUGUCUGGUAACGGAAAUGCUCACAGGAGAGCCCCUGUUCCCCGGAGAUUCAGACAUUGACCAGCUCUACCAUAUCACCAAGUGCCUGGGUAAUUUAAUUCUAAGACACCAAGAGUUAUUCUAUAAAAACCCCCACUUCGCUGGCAUGAGGUUGCCUGAAGUGAAGGAGGCUGAAUCUCUGGACAGACGAUACCCCAAGCUCUCUGCUGCAGUGCUGAAUUUAGCCAAGAGGUGUUUGCAGAUUGACCCAGACAAAAGACCGUCUUGUGCUGAACUCUUGCAGUGCGAUUUCUUUAACGAGGAUGGAUUUGCUGAAAGAUUUGCUCAGGAGCUUAAAUUAAAGAUUCAGAAAGAUGCCAGAGACCAUCAAUUACAAAAAAAAUCAAAAAUCAGCAGAAAGGAUAAAGAUGAUGCUUUAGAAGAAAGAAAGAUGCUUGGUGUCCAGGAUUUCAACAUUGACCCAAAGAGCAGUGAUGCAAAGCUGUUCAAAGUGAAGUGCACUAAAGCUGAUGGAGAGAAAGCAGAGCGAUCUUCCAACCACAGCUCCCUGUAUGACAGUGCAAUCAACCCAUUUAAAAUAGGCCCUCAAACCAGCCUAAAAGAUUCCAGCAGCAGCUUGGACUAUGCCAAGAACGCAGGCAUAGUUAUUCCUCCCAUCAACCAGAACAUUUCUCCCACUAUGGCUGGGAUGGGGCCUGUGCCUGGAAACCAUAACUACAGAGUUGAUGAAAAGAGUAAAAAAUACUUGAACCCAUUUCUAAAGCAAAGGAAGCGUUCUCCAGCAGGCCAUUAUAGUGUAAGCUUGACAUCGGUUUCUAAUGACAAGAACAUCCUUCAGGCAAAUAAGAAAAAAUGGGAAUUCUCCAAGGCAGAUGUGCGUUUGCCAGAAUUAAAUCAUCUCCCUGAACUGAGAGGAGUGGAAGCAUGGCAUCCCAGAUAUCCCAAAAAGGAAAAUAAAACAGUUUCAGAAUCACGGGUCCCCUACCUUGCUGCUAUUGAUCUCCAUAACCCAAGUCUGGCCUCACAGCAGAUGUCAGGGAACUCGAUGCCUGAUGCAUCAGAAGCCGGUUUCCCUAGAGUUGAGCACUAGCAUUACAGAGAAGAUCACACUUGCCUUUAAAAGGUGGCUGACACAGUGGGAACAACCCACCCAAGUCUCCAGGUGCUAACACCACGCGGUCUCUGGAGAAGAGAGGACCUCUUAGUCUCAUGUUAGCUACUGGACUGCGGUGGGAAGUGGCUUGGGUCCAGUCCGAGGACAGAGCUCUCGCAGCCAUUGCUGCUGGAUUUCUUGCAUGCGAAACAGCUCUCAAAAUGCUGACUUCCUGGCUUAGGGCCAGAUGUUGGCAGGCUGCUCAGAAAGAAAUAGUGGUUGUCAGUGUGUAUUGGGCAGAAGCUGCUCUGGAGAAUUUCAGAGGAGGCUGGGCUUUCUUUUGUUUUAACUACUGCCCUCACAAGGGGGUUCUUUUUAAAUGAGUGGUGACAAAAGCAGAUAGGUGCUGAAUUUGGUAUAUUUUGGUGGGCUACCUGCUCUGUAUUGGAAAGCACCUUUGCCUUGGCAAAAAUAUGCACGAAAAAAAUGUGCAAGAAAUUUAAAUGUGUAAAUGUUCCUAACUGUUCCUUUGAAACCCUCGCUCUGCCCACCAGCAUGUGUGAACUUGUGUUAGGUUCCUUUUCCCUCCAUGCUCUCUUCCCCCAGACUUUUGGGUGUUAAACUGGGCCUGUUGUCUGGCUGCACUGGAUGAGCGUGUGUCUUGUGUUAAUGGUGAAGGAAGAAUAUCGGCAAAAAAUACUGAACUGCGAUGCAGAUGGCAUGUGGAAAGGUUUUUGUGAGUGCUCAGCAAGUCACUUAGUCCUUUAGUAAGUCAUAGUCCUUUAGGUCCCUUGGGGGAAUGGGACUUGGAAGUAUAAACCUCAACAGCGGCUUGUGGGGAGAAAAAGAACAGAUCGCUUUUAUCUUUGGACUGUUGUGUGUCCACUUUUGCUUACCUGCUCUCAGCUGGCUUUGGGCAGUUCUGUGGUAUCCCUGUGCUGCCUUCAGCCCUGUGUUCUGGCAACCUGUCACAGCUCACACCCCUGAAUGGCGUAGUUAACUUUCGAACUUGUUGCCUUUCCACAAAAUAGGCUCAUUGAUGUAUCAUGGCAGAAUACAGUAUGAAUGUCAUCAUAUUUAGAGCUCUGUUGCUAUGCUGUUUUGACAGGUACGUUACAAUUUUUAAAUAAAAGGAUAUUAAAAUUCCAAAUUUCUUGGUAUGAGUGUG